AGCAGCUUCUCAUACCGCGAUGCCGCCUUGUGAAAAGGCGUGCAGCGAUCAUUUAGCAACAUCACUACUCUGAAAUGACUCUCUCACAUUAAGAUCCUGUGUUACCGCCUCGAAUGUUUUCGAGCCAACACAAUGCCACCGCAAUCAGCAACAUCCAACACCACCCGGCGCAAACGCGUCUUCUCCUCCGUUCUCCCUCCCGCCUCGCUCGACGACUUUCCCACAGCGGCGAAAUCCUCUGCACUGGGUCCGAAUCCUCCACUUUUCCUCCGAUCCUUCCAAGCAAGCCACAAUUCCGACUCCCAGCACACGGAGAACCCUACCUUUCGCACCUCCACCACCUCCCAGCAGACCGAGACCGCGACCUCCGACGAUGAGGACGAUGAGGACGCCUGGCCCGACCAGGCGACCUGGGACGGCGCCUGGCGGGUUGCGACGAAGUUCUUAGCCGUGCCGGACCGGGGCUUCGAAGCACUACUCCGCUACGAGCAGAUGGAUCCAGCGCAGUUCAUGAGGCUGUGGAACCGAGAUCGCGCGGCGGAUGCGGAGGUCCUAGAUGCGUUCGCGCGCUUGCUAGAGCCGUUUCUCGGCGAGAAGAGGCUAGGGAAGCGGAGGGACGCGCUGCAGAAAAGUAUCUUGGAUUGGUAUGGCUUUGAGAUUCGGAGACACUUUUUACGGAAUGUCAGAAGCGGGCUGGUCGAGGCGCUCAAACACUCCGAAUCGGAUGGUCUCUUGCAGAGGCUUGUGGUGUGCUUGCAAUUGAUCCGAAGGAUCUACUUCGAGCCGCUGCUGGGUAUCCUUGACGCACUGUAUCGUGGUGCGCAUGAGAAGGCCUACGGGAAAUUACGCCGCUCGUUUCAUAUGAUGGUGGCUUAUGCACUGCCGUGGUCGCAGGCGUCUGCGUUACUGAGUCGCGAGGUCAUGAAGGAGGCGAUGGUCAUUCUGGGCAUCGAUGAGCUGCGAGAGAGAGCUGCGGCCGAGGGCCCUGAUGAUGUGGACGAUAUGGAUGUUGAUCGACAGUGCUCUGUCUCAUACCAGGAUUGGCGCGAUGAGCCGUCUCCCUCUGCGAGGACGCAGAUGUUAAGUGAACCGGACUCCCGUGUCGGUGCUGCGCGAGAGCGGCUGCUUAUGCUCUUCGAAGGGCUACAGCUCGUGGGGAUGGGGGGCGACAAGGCACAGAAAGUUUUCGCGAGCGUAAUGGAUAGCUUGAUGAGCGAGUUUGUUCGCGCCGCAUACACGGGUCAGUGGGAGGGACCGUCACUUGCGUCGCAGCAUCUACGGCAGUGGAUUGAGAACGUCUUUGCACAGUUGGUCGUCCAGGUCUUGUCAAUCAUCAAUGUGCCCGAAACCGGCGACAAGGAGCCCGGCAACCUGGAUGUGACUCUGGGCGACGUCGAAAAGUGGCAGGAGAUCGGCAUUGCCCGUCUGGGAGCCCUGCGGACCAGCGAGCUCUUCGAUGUGAUUGUGGAGUGGCCUGCGAGCAGCGGUGCGAUUGAGGAUCUGCGGCAAUUUACAACUUAUCCUGCCGCGCGUUAUCAUUUGACACAAGCUUUUAUCGCAGCCCUGAAUCAGCGACUGCUGCACCCCGGAGCAUCCACCAUUGAGAUCCUCCAAGUAUACAUCUCGAUCAUCCGAGCCUUUAAUUUGCUUGACCCGAAGGGCGUUCUCCUCGACCGAAUCGCCCGUCCUAUCCGUCGAUACCUCCGGGACCGGGACGAUACCAUCAAAGUCAUUGUUGGGGGACUCCUGGCCGAUCCCGCCGACGCCGAUGGCCAAACCGUCUCUGCUCACCAUCCCGACACGCUGGUGGAGCUAUCCGCCGAGCUCACGAAGGCGCACCAGAACUCCCUGCGGACCGAUAGUGGCGAGCUAGACUGGGAUGAUAUGAAUUGGAUGCCGGACCCGGUGGAUGCGGCGCCGGAUUACCGAAAAUCCAAGACGUCGGACGUGAUUGGCAGCCUGAUCAGCCUGUUUGACUCGAAGGAGAUGUUUGUGAAAGAAAUGCAAAACAUGCUCGGCGAGCGGUUACUGCAGAAGCGCCCGGACUUCGACCAAGAGAUGUCCGUGCUAGAACUACUUAAAGUGCGGUUCGGCGACAACGCGCUGCAAGCCUGCGAGGUCAUGCUCCGCGAUAUCUUCGAUUCACGUCGCGUGGACAGCGUCAUUCGCAACGACCAAGGCUUAGCGAAGAGCCAGCAGCCGCCCUCGACCACCCCGGACACUCCGGACCUCCACGCCAAGAUCCUUUCGCAUUUCUUCUGGCCCGACCUUCCCACCCCGGCCUUCCGUGUCCCCGAACCCAUCGCAUCCCUGCAACAGCGCUACGCACAGGGCUUCGGCUCGCUCAAACAAUCCCGCAAACUGACCUGGCUCAACGGCCUCGGCCAGGUCACGGUGGAACUUGAACUCGAGGACCGCUAUUUCCGCGACGAGGUCACCACGUGGCAGGCUACCGUCAUCUACGCGUUUGAUUCCUCCUCCUCCUCGACCGCCCCCGCCACCAAAACCAUCACGGAACUCGCCGAGCAACUGCAGAUGCCCCACACACUGGUUCGCUCGGCGUGUCUGUUCUGGGUCAGCCAGCGCAUUCUCCACGAGCAUCCCCGCGAGACAUUCCGGGUCCUUGAAGUCCUUCCUACCUCCUCCACCAACCCCGACGACCCGUCCCGCCUCGGCACUACUGCCCAUUCCACAGCUACCUCCCCGAAGACAACCACCUCCACCACCACUCCGACGACCCCGACGACCAACCCCCGCCAUCAACCUCGCGCCGAUACCUCGCCCGUGUUCGAGGACGCGGCCGAAGCCGCCGCCGCCGCCGCCGCCGCUGCCGCCAAGGAAUCCGCCGAGGCGGCGGCGAUGGAGAAGAUGAACUUGUAUUGGCAGUUCAUCGUGGGGAUGCUGACGAACCAGGGCGCCAUGCCGCUGCAGCGGAUCGUGAUGAUGUUGAAGAUCGCGGUGCCCGGGGGGUUUCCGUACAGUAACGAGGAGCUUCGGGAGUUUUUGGCGGGGAUGGUGGCCAAGGGGAAGUUGGAGAUUGUGAGUGGGGGCAAUUACAAGAUUCGAGGUUAGGCUGCAGCAGGAGGCUGUUGGGUGCGAGCUGCGAACUCGAGAGCGUGAUUCGAUUCCUAUACCUAGUUACACCUCCCUCGACGUCCUGAGAGUGAGACUACGACUUAUGACCACAAACCUAAUACAUCACAUAUACACUACCACAACCCUAACCACUAAUCAAAUGCCUGCAAAUGA